UCUAUGCCACCGCCUGAAGACAUGCACAGCGUGAACCAAGUUCCUCCUCCCUUGCAAAAGACAAACUCCAAAAGCCUAACAGUGCAAGUGGGCAUUGCUGAGACUGAGGAGUUCUCUUCCCUGUUAGAAAGUACAGAGCAGUGGUCCAGUGAGGAGGAAGAGAAUUCUACAGACGAUGAAGAGCUGAUGACUGAUGGGGCUAUUUCCAUUGACCAGGGCCAGUUGAGUCAGGAGUCAGUGCCCAUAGCUACUGGCAUCUCAACUCAGGACGCUGAUUCAGGUGUGAGGACAUGGGAAUUGUCAACAGAUAUGGCCGACUAUGUGGAUGAAUAUCUGGCUCCUGACUGAUAACGUUCAGUAUGUCAUGGAUUACAUCAGAGUCUAACAAACAAGAAAAAUAAAAAAAUAAAAAAAAGGA